AUGACUGCAACUGACGCAACGAAUAGUUUAUUGGCAUCAAAACGGACAAUAUUUUCUCCAUUAGUACCAGUUGCCAUUCCGGAAGAUUUUAUUGUUAUAUGGCUUGAUCCUGUAUUCGAUAAUACUAACGAAUGUCUGCUUUACACAUCAUCAAUUAAAAACGAAAAAAUAUUUCUAAUUGUAUUUGGUGCAUUGGGUGAAACGGUCGUUCCAUUGUUACAGAAUUCACCACAAAUUUUGUCAAUAUUUAUCUUUUGUGAAAAUAGAGAGAAACAUGAACAGUGGUUCAGAAGUUAUUCGAAUAUUCGUGGUAUAUUUACGGAAUUAAAUGCUCUGUUGAACAAUCUUGAAGAAGAUGCGUUAUUACAUAAGGUCGACAUGACACCAAUGAUGCAAAAUGCAUCGUUCACGUGGUUUCGAUUAUUAAUUGAUAUAUUACUGCGGCUGCCCCAAAGCGUUAAUACCAAGAAAGAUUUAAUGAAUGAAGGUCGUGUUAUUAUAGAAACAACAAAAAAGAACUCGAAAAAUGAAGAGACAACAUUAAUCACAUUGGGUGAUUAUCUACUUGAUCUUGGUGAAUUCACUAAGGCUGAACGGUAUUAUACAUUAUUAUUAAAGGAAUUACCAUUGACGGAGCAUCCUGAUAUUGAACAGAUUUAUAAUAAUAUCGAUGUUAUCUAUUGUAAUAAAUGUAAUUAUGAAAAUGCAUUAAAAUACCAUCAUAUGACUCUUGAACUUCGAUUAAAAUAUUUGUCUGAUGAUAAUUCGUCACUCAUAUUAACGCCUGCUAAUAUUGGCUCCCAGGAGAAAAAAGACGGGCAAUAA